GCCCCAGGGUGUUUUUUUUUAGUAUUUUCUGGGCCUAGUCAAAAUUAAACGAUAAGUUCUUGUCUGAUCGGGGUUCGGACGCACGUCAGACGAGAACUUAUCGCAGUUGGGUAGCAAAGCCCCUCUUCAGCGGCGAACCGCUCCUGGGCGCAUGUCGAGCGACCUACACACAAAAAGCACUAAACAGGCCAGAAUCCGAAUCCGAAUCCGAAUCCGAGCACGAGCACGAGCACACGACUCACCCAUAUAGACUCGAGUGUACGUAUAGCUGCACCACCGACCGCCGAGGAGUUGCUGGCGCGGUGGUUCUCGGUGGUUAGUUGAGCGUUUGGUGGCACUGCGAGCGGACGGAGAGCGUUGUGGAAAGGCAAAAACCAGAAAGGCUGACAGACAACCAGAAAAGCGGAAAAGCUGGCCACUGCGACAAAGGUUAACCAGCAGCAGCAGCAGCAGCAGCAGCAGCGACAACAAAGGGAAAACGCAUCUAAGCUGGAGGAGAGUUUCGAAAAAAAAACGAGAAUAAACCCCAGCCAAGACCAACGCACUUUGGGUUUCUUUGUUACAAUCUUUUUUAACAUCGCAGCACAUCGAAAUCCAAAAAAGAGACUCGAAUUAGUGCGCAAUAAUUAACAACAGAAAAAAAAAAACAACGAAACGUGCGCAAUAAUUUGUUUAAAAUCAAUGAAGACUGCAACUGCGCAAAACUGAAAAAUUGCAUCAUAGCCAGCACAGAACGAACGGUCUGGGAAAAAUUCGUAUGAGCGAGGAAAAGUGGAAAAUCAAUAGGGGGGACCGAGUAAGAAAGAACCCCAACUAAGCAUAGGGGGAACCGAACUAUCCCAUAUUAACCAUACCCCCCGAGCGAGGAGUGCAUCUCGCCAUGCCUUCCCUGCUGGAGGCGCUGGAGCGCAAGUAUUUCGCGGAAUGCGAAUUCGAGAAUGCCCACCAACCGGAACUCCACAAGCGGAGUGACCUGCCCAAUGACUUUACGGUCACCAAGUGCGGCGGACGCAUGGAGUUCUCCAUCUUCAUACCCCGCCUGUCGCCCCUGACCAGUGUGCCAGCCCUCCUUGUGCUCAACGACUGCGACAUCGAUUCGGCCGGGGACUUCGAGAGCAUCCGCGAGAAGUGCCAGCGGGUGAGGGAACUGGAUCUGGCCCAGAACAAGCUCAGCGACUGGUCGGAGGUCUUCAGCAUUCUGGAGCACAUGCCGCGCAUCGAGUUCCUCAACCUGAGCAAGAACCAGCUGGCCAGUCCGAUUAGCACGCUGCCCACGGCCCCCACGAUCAAUCUGAAGAGCCUGGUGCUCAAUGGCACCUACCUGGACUGGGCCUGCGUGGACACGCUGCUGAAGCACCUGCCUGUGCUCCAAGAGCUACAUCUCAGCCUGAACAACUACAGACAGGUGCUGAUCGAUGCCGAGGAGGCGGAGCAGCGGCUGCAGGAGAAGGAGACGCCCGAGGAGACGGAGCGGCGCAUCACCAAGGCCCAUCCCGCCCUCAAGACCCUGCACUUCACCGGCAAUCCCGUCGAGCACUGGCAGGAGAUCUGCCGCCUGGGCCGGUUGUUCCCCAACCUGGAGGCCCUGGUCCUGGCCGAUUGUCCCAUCCGCACGCUGCAGGCGGAGGAGAGCGGCGAGACCCACAAGUACUUCCCCAGUCUGAAGCUCCUCAAUCUCAGCUCCGCGCAACUUAACAGCUGGGCGGCCAUCGAUCAGCUGGCCAAGUUCGGACAGCUGCGGAACCUGCGGGUCAAGCACUGGCCCCUCUGGGAGAGCCUGGAGUGCACGGAGCACGAGCGGAGGCAGCUGCUCAUCGCCCGACUGCCCAAUGUGGAGAUGCUCAAUGGCGGGGGCAAGAUCAGCAGCGAUGAGCGCGUGGAUUCCGAGAGGGCAUUUGUGAGAUACUAUAUGGACAAACCGGAGGACGAGCGACCCGAGCGCUACGAGGAGCUGCUGCGCAUCCAUGGCAAGCUGGACCCCCUGGUCAAUGUGAGCCUGAAGCCGGACAAGCGGGUCAAGGUCCUGUUCACCUACAACGAUGUGAGCGAGAGCCGGUUCGUGGACAUCUAUCUGACCGUCAACGAUCUGAAGGCGAAGCUGGAGAAGCUGGUGGGCCUGGCGCCCAACAAGAUGCGACUGUACUAUCUGGAUCAGGACUACAAGGAGUUCGGGCCCGAGGAGAUGCGGUUCCCCAACAAGCAGUUGUACAGCUACAACAUCCAGUCGGGUGACGAGAUCAUCAUCGAUGCCAAGAAGUGAGGGGCCGCUCGCGGAGCUGGAGAGGAUUGCCAAGGCCCCCGGAACUGGAGAGGACUUGCAUGGCCCCCGAGAAGCGCUUCGUGUUCCCCCCGCCUGGUGCUACAACUUGUGAUCUUGUACACGAUUCAUUUAAACUUAACGUACUCUACUGCUACUGUUAAAGCUGUUUGUCUGUCUGUUCUCCCCAGCCAACCAACCACUUUGUAAAUACGUUCUUGAGAAACGGCCAAGCGAGCAUUAUUGCGCACCCACAUCGUAUUUUUUAAUUACUGCCUAACCUAAGCCACACACACAAAAAUACAAAACUAUAAGAUACAAUACAAACGAAAACGAAAACAAAAAACCAGCAGGAAUGCAUUAAACAAUUUUAAAAUGUAA